AUGGCCUCGAGAGGGGACAAAGGGAAUGGAAAUGGCGAAGAACAGAUCGUUGAGACCUUAGCUGAGGUAUUCCGCUGCUUCAUUUGUAUGGAGAAGCUGGUGGAUGCACACCUAUGUCCUCACUGUUCGAAGUUGUGCUGCUACGCUUGCGUGCGGCGAUGGUUAACAGAGCAGAGAUCUCAGUGCCCUCAUUGUCGAGCGGCCCUACAUCUGCAUGAGUUGGUCAACUGUCGCUGGGUUGAGGAAGUUACCCAACAAAUAGAAACCAUGCAGCAGACCAACUCGGCCACUCAGCGAGAAAGUUUUAGGGAUAGAUGUCCGACACACCAAGAAAAGCUCACAGUAUACUGCUGGACAUGUCGACGGUGUAUCUGCCACCAGUGUGCACUGUGGGGCGGCACCCACACAGGACACACAUUCAAGCCCCUGGAGGAGGUGUAUGAGCAGCAUGUGACGCAGAUACGCGACGAAGUGUCCCAGUUGCGACGUCGACUUAUGGAGCUUAUAAGUCUUGUGCAGGAUGUGGAGCGUAAUGUCGAAUCUGUGAGAGCAGCUAAAGAUGAGCGAGUGCGCGAGAUAAGAAAUGCGGUAGAACUGAUGAUAUCCCGUUUGGAUUCCGCUUUGAAGGCCAAGUUGCUGACGCUGAUGGGCCAGAAGAAUAGCCUCACACAAGAAACUGAGCAGCUCGAGCAUUUGUUGCAAGAAAUAGAACACCAACUUCAUGCAAGCACUCGAUCCGAGCUGAUAUCUAAAAGUGGUGAGCUCUCCAAAAUGAUCCAUCAGGUCAGAAAGAAACCGAUGGCCAGCUUUGUGACGGCGCCGGUACCGGCCGAUUUCCAUAGUGAAAUCGUGCCGAGUUACGAUAGCAGCACAUUCCCGUUGACCAACUUCACGCAGUUGCAACACGCGGCGGCGCCGGUUUAUUCAGCCCCUUUACACGUGAACGGCCUCUGCUGGAGGCUGAAGGUGUACCCGGACGGGAACGGGGUGGUCAGAGGCAACUACCUCUCGGUAUUUCUAGAGCUGAGCGCCGGGUUGCCCGAAACGUCUAAGUACGAGUAUCGCGUGGAGAUGCUUCACCAAGUGUCACGCGAUCCGUCGAAGAAUAUAGUGCGCGAGUUCGCAUCUGAUUUCGAAGUGGGCGAAUGUUGGGGUUACAAUCGGUUCUUCAGGCUGGACUUACUCGCCAGCGAGGGAUACCUCAACCCGGAGACUGACACACUCAUACUGAGGUUCCAAGUACGGCCGCCUACCUUCUACCAGCGAUGUCGUGACCAACAGUGGUACAUAAACCAGCUGAUUACAAUGCAGAAUCAACACAUUCUGCAGAUCAAUGAUCUCAAAGAGCGUCUCUCUCUAGAGAUGUCUCGUAACUCUAUAGCAGCGACGCGUGCGACGUCCAACUCUAGCGCGUCGCAGUCGAACGCGGGCGGCGCGGACGCGGACAAUCCCGCCCAGAACAAUCCCGUCGAUGGAAACAGUAUCAGCGAUUCAAUAGUGUUCGGCAACCAGUGGAAGUUCAACGCGUCCAACAUUAUCAAUGGCCAAAGAUUGACUAGUCCAAGUAUAUUGAAUACGGCGAUGUUCGCGGAGGACAGUCGCAACAACGACGUAUCAUCACAGGGCGCGUACGCUUACGGCGACUACUCGUUGGAGCGGAGAUUACCGUCGGCUCACAAUAACGCACUAGAUGCGUAUACCAACCUGCCCUCCACAUCUAGGUCGGCAAAUUCCCUGCACGUGUCCGGUGCGGACAAUAUGGCGUUAGUGAGUCUGCACACGUUACUGAGCGUCGCCAACGCGCCCAGUAGAGUGCCCACCAAACUGUCCGGCAAACAGUCGCGUUCCGGGGACCACCAUCUACCCGCGAAGGACCCCGCCCCGCCCGCUGCUGCAGUCAGCGUUUCAGCUGCGGAAUCGGCUCAAGCUUCAGCUAACGCGGUUCUAUGUUCCUCAAUAUCUUCGCCUGAACUGAAUCCGGGUGGGGGUACCGCGGGGGCGAAGCCCGAGGUGAUACCUGAGGCUACCGGGGAAACGCAGGAGAGCCCUAACGCUACGCAGACGUUAUACGCUGCUUCGGUCACCAGCAGCGAUACAGGUGAGCUUAUAUUGAGUGAACUGGAAGUGUUCGCUGACGAAUCCAAUCCCGCCCACGUGGACGACAACUCCAACGAGGAAAACGACGUCGACGACGAAACCAUGUCCGGUGAAAACGACGUGGAGGGCGCGUGCGGGGGAUGGGCGCGGGGCUCGGGCAGGGGGGCGGGGUCGGGCGGGGGUGGGGGAUCGGGCGCGGACAUACUGAGCCGGCUGCUGUGCGCGGUGCAGUCGCGCGGCGUGACGCCCGCGGUGACGGACGGCUCGGCCGCGCCGCCCCCCGCGCCCCGCCGCGACACGGACACCGACCCGCAGCUGUCCACCGCCGCGCACACGGACAUGUUGCUGCUCAACUUGAUGCGCAUCAACGGACUCACGCCGAAACAUUCCAGGCACGCCCCAGGCCCAAAGCGGCACUGGACAGCUAGUGCCUUAAGUCCUGAAGAGAGACCUUCUGGGUCACAUUCGCACGGCAGCGGAUCACGUUCCAGACGCUCUAAUAACCAGAAUGCUAGAGUUAGGCGACUUCCCAGACCGCAGCCAUUAUCGCCUGGCCAAUUGAGGCGACGCCCUGAUUCAACCAGACCCACAAGCCAUAGGGGUGGUUUCGGCUUAACGCCGCCCGGCACCCCGGAGCGGGGCGCGCUGUCCCCCGUGUCCAGUCUCGCCCUCCACGACUACUGGCCCUCCGUGUCCUCGGUCAGCGACAAUGACGAGGUCGAACUCAUUUUGGACUACAACGAUACGCUAUUCGACAUGCUACUGAACAGCCUGUCGUUGGAAGGCGGCGGCGUGGAGGAGGCGCGGCCGUCCACCCCGCCCGUGCAGCCGUGGGGUCCCGCCUCCCCCGCCCCCUCCACCGCGUCCGCCCCCGCCGCCGUACCCGCGCCCGCCCCCGCCCCCGCGCCCCUCCCCACGCCCGACCGCGACUGA